AGGCCAGACCUCACAGAGCAUGCGUGGAAGGUUCCAGAAAGUCACCUCAGCCGAGGCGAUUACUUCUCCUCCUCGCUCGCUGUGGUAUGGACAGGGACUCGAGGGGCGCAACCUCUGCAACCCCCAUCCCGCUGUGCGCCUCAGCAGGACGCACCCUGGUGCCAUCGGACUGGCCACGAGCACAGUGCCAGAAAGCAGCUGCUCAGCUGCCACACCCGCUGCCACCAGAGGCCAGCACGGUCGACCCCACGCUGCAGGCACAGGCUGAGGAGGAGCUGGUGCGGAGCUGUGAGGACGUCGGGCGGAGCCUGCGAACACCCCGGGACAGCGCCAGUCAGCGCCUGCACCGCCUCGGCGCGCACGCUGGGCGCGAGGACCGGGGCGCGGGGCACCCUGCGAUCCCCCGGGUCUAUGCUGAGCAGUCGGUCUCCGCCCCUGUGUGCUGCUGCCACCGCCUGGCUGACCACCGGGCUUGGCCCAGGUCUAGGCGCCUGGUCCGGGCAUCAGUGCUGCUGGGGGCGCAGAGAGACCUGGGGUUUCCGGGCGCCACUGCUGGCACCUGGCGCGAGAGCCACAGCCUCAGCUCUGUUGCCAGCGCUGGCUCUUGGGGCUCCUUCCUGUCGUCCUCAGUGUCCCCAGCAUCCCGCCCGUCUGGCCUGAGGGCCCGCCUCACUGUGCCCACCCGCGCCUGCUCCUCCUUGGCCUGCAGCUGCAGUGAGGGGCAGAGGCGCGACCGGCAUCCACGACCUGGCACUGUGCCUGCUGUCGCCAGCUCCACGUCCUGGUGUGUUCCUGGUGAGCCCUGGUCCAGGGCGGCAGGUGCAGGGACUGGAGCGACCUGUUCCCAUCAAGAGGCUUCUACUGCUCCAUGAGCAGGGAGACAGGAGACAGCUUCAGGGGAGAUGGCGGUAAUUGAAGCUGUGAGAUUCCAGAGAAAACGGGAAAGGAGACUUUGGCCUGCUAGGACUGUCCUUCAGUACAGCUGCACCGGGAGCCACUGGCU